AUGCAAGGCUCAGGAAGAGACGAUCAAAGAAGAUAAUAACAACCUUAGUUCGGUUUUGGCAGUGGUUAGGGUAUGGGAGGUAUCCCAGCACACAUGGAUGACAAUGAAAAGAUUAUUAUUAGUGGGCAUAGGACCAAGCAAGGCAGAGGCUAGCAGUUGACAUAAAAAGAUCUAGUCUUAAACAGAGAUCACUCUGGUAUGUUUGCUGAGAAGAUGGCUUCAGUUAUUGGACCCUCUUACGUUUUUGCAUUCUUCAUUGGAGCUGGAGUUGGUCUCACCCAAAUCCCUCCUCCUCAAGCCAGAAGAACCUACAGGCUAUUAGCAAAUAAUUACCUUAACAAUAUUGGAAAGACUUCAUCUAGAUAUGCCAAUCACGUUGGAGCUGCAGUGUUCUUAUACAUGCUUGUAGGUAAAUCAAUGAACUUUGUGAUGCAAGAAGAACUUGAGAAUGUUAGCGAAGAGGCGAGAAGCGCUGUGUUCGGAGCAAUGACAGGAGCUAUCUAUAAAUGCACAAGAGGAUUUAGACCCAUUAUAUUUGCAUCCAUCCUUGGAGCUGCCUGUGGAAGCGCCUACACCUAUGCCUGGGCCAAGGGGAACCUCAGACCAUCGUUUAUGUGA